AAACGAGACCAGCACCUUCUGACAAACAGGAGCCUACUGCAUGCUCUGCCUGGCUGACUUCAAGAAGACGAUGUUUCAUCACUUCUUGGUUCAUGCUGCUUAUCAGACCAGCAGAUGGCUUCCACGAGACCAGAGGAUGAAAUUUCAGAUAGUUCUUUUCAUCUUUGUAGUGCUCUGUCUGACGCCACAGAUCUACAUUUUGACAAGGCCAAAGUCCACGCGCUACUGUGAAAAGCCACUUUUGAACAAUCUCAUAGCCAUCAUUGUGUUCUCCUUCAUGGCUACAGGCUUAGCAGUGACGCUUACUCUCACUGACCCAGUGCCCAAAAGUAUCAGAGCGGCUUACCACACAUUUGGAGUGCUCUCAUUCACCCAGGGACUUUGUACCAUCAUUCUGACCCACAGUGCUCCCCAGUGUGCAAAUACCACACCAGAGCUGUAUCUCUUUUCACUGGUACUUUCAUGGACUUGUGUCCUCUCUACAGUGUUCUUCGUGAUAAGAGGGUGCCUUUGGAUGAUCCACAGAAUGUGUCCAAACUGGUUCAGAGAUGCGUCUCUUUAAGCUGCUGUGUGAGCCUCUCUGCUGUGUGCGAACCCAUCUAUUAUUCAGACCCUUCCUGUGCCAAAGCCUGAAUUUCCAUCUGGUCUUUGAGCUGGUCUUUGAGUUGAGCUUGGUUAGAUCCUAUUACCAUGGAUAUUUCAUUACAGUCUUGGUCUUACAAAAAGGGAGUAAAAGUGAAAUGCCAUCCAUAGUCAUUCGGCAGCAGUUAAUCCAUUCAGUUCUUGAGUAACUGGACUGACCAGCAGACCGCCCCUUGAAAAACCGUCUUUAAAGCAGAGGUAUUAGCCUGAAGAAUGGGGUACUCCAUUGGUACUCUGUC